AUGGCGUUUAUCCAAGAUCCCCGUCUGCGUCAGCGCUGGAAUCAGAUCUCUCACAACGCCGAGGCGGUAACCGAGAACGCCGCCGCCGGCAUCUGGACCUUUCAGCACCAAUACAUCACCCCCUGCCUAUCAUCUCUCGCCGACUCCAUCGACAGCUGCACGAGCCUAUGUCUUGGAGACCGCGAAGAGCGUGCCCGACGCGCGCGCGAGCGAGACCGCGGAGCCCACCGUACGAGGGCCGAGUAUAUGUUUGAUUUUUACGACGACUGGGACGAUGAUUUUGCUGCGGAUCAAGGGACCGCCAGUAGCGGAGGAGGAGGAGGACUUUUCAGCGGCUGGGGCGGCGAGGACUGGGAUCGCUUACUGGCGGGGACGGGAAACGAUCGGAGACAUGCGGCCGGUGGCACGGGGGACGUGGUGGAUCAACCGAGACGAAAGAGAGGGAUGAGCUAUGGGACGAGAGGAGGACCCAGGAGGAAGGCUUCGUUGCCCGAGGACGACCCGACUGUGAUUCCGAGGACGGCACCGCUGGGGUUCUUGGGGCGAUUGCCCUUCAAGUUUGGCGGUACACUCAGGUACAAGCCUUCAGCGGCGAACUUGCGAGACCACCCGGGCGCUCUACUGCCUGGACAACAACAGCAGGGAGGACGCCGGCACCGAGAUGAAAAUGAGCCGUUGCUGGGGACAAGCUCGGAGGAGGGUGAGCAUGCUCGGAACCAUGAACAACAUGCAAGGGAAUCGCCACAGUUGAGGCCGCGCAGUAACACUGGCGAGUCAGAAGGCACGUCAUCGAGCUCGUAUCGAUCGAGAAACGACAUAUUCCCAAGUGAUGGCGAGGGCGAUGAGGAUGCGGUGCCGUUAGACGACGAAUUUGCGGUCGCCCUUGGCCGCGUGGAUGACGGGAGCAGUAACAGGACGAGAAGCACUAAGGGGAAACGGCCGGCGAACGGAGAUAGGGAGUCAGGGAUAGCGAGAUCAGUGUCAAGGACUACGAUAGCGUCGACCUACUCGGCCUACCGUAUCGAUGACACCACGAUCUUCCCAACAUCGAGUUCAGAGGAUGCCCUGCCGACUCCAUCGCUCGAGGAUUUACAGCGAGAGGAAGAACAGGCUGAGAGGGAAGAGUAUGAGGAGAUUGAACGAAAGAGAAAGGCUGCGUCUCGCUUGGCUACACAGCGUGGAUUGCGCAAAGAAGAGGAGGGGGCUCCCAAGCCAGAGGCAGCGCUGAAAUCGGGACCGGAGCUGGAAUCAAAGCAAGCCGAAGUAGACCAUGGAUCGACCCCCGAAGAACCAACUCUGCAUAAAAACAUAUCACAAAAUGAAACAAGGAAGAAUUCUGAGGACGAAAUGAGGGAGACGAAGCUCCCAGCUUUUACGGAAGUCAUGAGUAAUGACACUACUGCAGCCAAGCAGACCCACAAUGGAGGUGCGAAGGAGAGCAUGACAGCCAAACUCGAGGGAAGCAACACAGAGCUCCAAUUCAUACCAGCACGGUUGCCUCAUUUUGGAUGAAAUAACUAGGCCUGAUAAUGCGAGCCAGCAAACA